GGAGGGCCUUACAGCCGUGGGACUGAUUUUCGUCGCUCGUUUUGAUUGCGGGCUCUUAUUUCAAUCGCUGUCGUCAGUCGGACGCAGGACUCCGCGGGUCAAACCCUUUACCUUCCAUUGAAAAUAAAUACAGAUGAUCAGACGAAAGUAUUCAGGAACGGGUCGGAAUGAAAACGUAGAAGUGCCUCGCUCAUCCCAACAUAACAAUGAAUGCAACUCAUCGUGUCACUUUUCAAAUGACCGAUCAAGUUGGACUUCAAAACCAGACGGUCGUGGAUCAAACUUUUCUUAGCUUUUGAGGCGAGCAGCUUGUGACCUUCACGCCGUCCAUUAUCGCGACAUUUUACGGGAUAUGCGCAUUUUGUGUCAGUCGCUUGGUCCUUUUUUUAAUGCGUUGCAAAUAUGAUGAUGUCACCGACGCCACUUUUUCCUGAAGUUAUGGCGGAGCACAACUUUCCCAACUUCUCUUGACCAUUGAUAGCACUUGGCUUUACUGAUGGAGCACCUCCAGGGAGCAUGGAAGACCCUGAGCAAUGGCUUUGGAAUGAAAGACUCUGCCUUUGAGGGCCCGUGCCUUUCGCCGACUAUGGUCCAGGGAUUUCCCUGCCAGCGUCGCUCCUCAGACGACAGCAAGAUACCCGACUCGAAGACGAGCAGCACCAUCCGCGUCUACCUCCCAAACCAGCAGCGCACAGUGGUAAAUGUACGGCCAGGUAUGACUCUGCAGAGCUGCCUGAUCAAAGCCUUAAUGGUGCGAGGCCUUCAGCCUCAGUGUUGUGCUGUGUUCAGACUACACCCUGGGCAGAGGAGUAAAAAACUACGGAUGGACUGGAAUACCGACUCAACCUCCCUGAUUGGUGAAGAGUUGCUGGUGGAAGUUUUAGAUCAUGUUCCCCUGACCACACAUAAUUUUGUCCGGAAAACAUAUCUGAAGCUCGCAUUCUGUGACAUUUGCCAGAAGUUUCUUUUGAACGGUUUCCGUUGCCAAACGUGUGGCUACAAGUUCCAUGAGCAUUGCAGCACAAAAGUACCCACAAUGUGUGUGGACUGGAGCAAUAUUCGACAACUCCUUUUGUGUCCAACACCUGGUGAAAGUGGCGCCCCAUCACUUCCCCCGUUAACAUCUCGGCGAAUGAGAGAAUCGUUAACUCGCUUUCCAAGCUCUGCCCACAGAUAUUCAACGCCACAUGCCUUCAACUAUGCCACGCCCUACUCGCCCACAGGCGGCGGUCUUUCCCAGAGGCAACGCUCCACUUCAACGCCAAAUGUGCACAUGGUUAGCACAACACUGCCUGUAGACAGCAGUAUGAUUGAGCUAGACUGCCUGAAUACCUUCCCCACCUCCUGGUGCCAUAGAUUCUGGCUGAAGAGGAAAGUAGGUAUUGUCCACUUCUCCCAGUCUUUUGUUGCAACCUCAUCUGAGAGUCCAGAAAAGGAUGCAAUGCGGAAUCAUGACUCUGCUGGGAGUUCCCCCAACCAGAGUCCUACUGGCUGGUCCCAGUCCCAAGCCAAAAUCCCCGCCCCAGCCCAGCGAGAGAGGGCCACGUCCUUCAACACUCAGGAGAAGAAUAAAAUUAGGCCUCGGGAGAAACGUGAUUCCAGUUACUACUGGGAGAUUGAAGCAAGUGAGGUGUAUCUUCAGUCCCGCAUUGGUUCAGGCUCCUUUGGAACUGUAUACAAAGGGAAAUGGCAUGGUGAUGUAGCAGUGAAGAUUUUGAAGGUUACCAACCCUACUCCAGAGCAGCUGCAGGCAUUUAAAAAUGAAGUAGCUGUCCUAAGAAAAACCAGACAUGUCAACAUCCUGUUGUUUAUGGGCUACAUGACAAAGGACAAACUGGCCAUUGUGGCCCAGUGGUGCGAGGGCAGCAGCCUCUACAAACACAUUCAUGUCCUGGAGACGAACUUCAAGAUGAUCCAGCUUAUAGACAUCUCCAGGCAGACGGCUCAGGGCAUGGACUAUCUGCAUGCAAAGAACAUCAUUCAUCGUGACAUGAAGUCCAACAACAUCUUUUUGCAUGAAGGACUGACGGUGAAAAUUGGAGACUUUGGUCUUGCAACGGUAAAGGCCAGGUGGAGCGGCUCGCAUCAGGUGGAGCAGCCAUCUGGCUCUAUUCUCUGGAUGGCUCCUGAAGUCAUACGGAUGCAGGACAACAAUCCCUACAGCUUCCAAUCAGAUGUCUAUUCCUAUGGAAUUGUUCUCUUCGAGCUCAUGACAGGAGAGCUUCCGUACGCCCAGAUAGCCAACCGAGAUCAGAUUAUCUUCAUGGUGGGACGGGGCUAUCUGUCACCUGACCUCAGUAAACUCUACAAGAACUGCCCCAAAGCCAUGAAGAGGUUGGUUGCUGAUUGCAUCAAGAAGUCCAAGGAAGAGAGGCCGCUCUUCCCACAAAUCCUGUCCUCCAUCGAGCUUCUUCAGCACGCCUUGCCUAAAAUAAACCACAGUGCCUCAGAACCGUCCCUGCACAGAGCCUCUCACACCGAGGAUAUCAACACUUGUACGCUGACCUCCACCAGACUGCCUGUUUUUUAGAGCAACGGACAGCUCUGCCCCGUCGACUGUCCCAACAGUAUCCCUACUCAUCCAACUCAGCAGUACAAUGCUCACUACACCCAAACCUGCAGCGUAUACAGUACUUUAACAGCAUUACACAGUAUGAAGAGGAGGGUGCAAACGGCAAUGGCGACACAGUAGGAUUUACCGAUAAAAAGGAUGGAGACAGAGCCUACCCUGUUGCUGCACAUUAGACAUACGCAGGUGCCUCUUUGUAAAUAUAUGCACAAACGUCUACCUAAAAUGACAACAAAUGGACAUUGAAGGAAGCUCAAGACAAUUGCAUCAUCUUGGCUUGGAAGUAAAGCACACAGCAAUUUUCUUUAUAGAGAACUUUUUUUUUAACUCAGCUGCUCUCAGAAAAAAAACACUUUUUUUGGUCUUGUCUUGAAACACAAUGGAGUAGAUAUGGAAAACGUCUUUUAUUUCUUGGUCAUUUGGCAUCUUUUACUUCUGUACAUUUUGUUUUCAAGUCACAUUGACGCAACAUAAGCCUGUCAAACGAUGAGCAAGGCUAACCACGGAACUCGAUGAAUUUGCACAUUUUGGCAAAAGCAGUAGUUUCCUUUAACAGUCUCCACAACAGUAUCUGAGCUGUCCAAACGCUUUGAGCACUUGCUGUAAUGAGCUGGACAUUUUAGGUAGAUGUUUAGAGUAUUUAAAGUGAUUUGGGAAUUAAUUUGUAUUUGUUUAUCAUGUCUCAUUCAGCGGGUCAAAUGUUUUGUCAACUUGACAAGAAAGUUGCCUUCACUAUUUUAAUAAAAUUAAGUUAAAUUCUUUGCCAAA